UUGUUGGAUUGCCUGCUACGCGGCUCACCGUUAUAUUUUAAUUUUGAGUUUUUUUCUCCAAUCGCGUGCUUUCCUUAAUAGCCUACGUGGCUACCUCCCCCAACGCUGCGUUUCGAACACUCUCUGUUCUCUCUGCAGUUUCCCCCCGCCAAAAGCUUAACGGCUUCAUCUUCACGCUCCAAAGAGGCAUCAAUUCCCCGCCUUUUUUGCUUCCUAUGACUUCAAUUCCAUGGAACACUCAGUUGCGAGAGCUAGCAAAGCAAUGCCAAUAUCUCCAAGCUCUAACUCUCUACCGCCAAAUGCUGCGCUGCGGUUCCACCCCGAACGCCUUCUCUUUCCCUUUCGCUCUCAAAUCCUCGGUUUCCCUUUCACUUCCUUUCUCCGGCCAACAACUCCACUGCCACGUCAUCAAAUCCGGUUGCUGCCCGGAACCCUUUGUUCUCACUUCUUUAAUAUCGAUGUACUGUAAAUUCAACUCCGUCGAAAACGCCCGCAAAGUGUUCGAUGAAAACCCAAUAUCAAAUCAAUUAACGGUUUGUUACAAUGCUUUGCUUUCAGGCUACGCGCUAACUUUCCGUGUUUUUGAAGGAUUUUCUUUGUUUUGUAAAAUGAGAGAAAUGGGUGUUUCUGUUAAUUCAGUUACAAUAUUGGGUUUGAUUCCGAUGUUUUCUGAACCAGGGUAUUUUAGCGCAGGGAUGUCUUUUCAUUGUUGUUGUGUGAAGUUAGGUUUGAAUCUUGAUUUCUCUGUUUCUAAUUGUUUGCUUACAAUGUACGUAAAAUGUGGGGCGAUUGAGUUUGGUAGGAAGUUGUUUGAUGAGAUGCCCAAAAAGGGUUUGAUUACUUGGAAUGCUAUGAUUUCAGGGUACGCGCAGAAUGGACUUGCUUCUAAUGUUUUAGAACUUUAUAAAAAAAUGAAAGCUUGUAGGAAUUGUGCGGAUGCUGUCACAUUCGUUGGGGUUUUAUCGUCUUGUGCUCACCUUGGCGCUAUUAGUGUUGGUCGCGAGGUUGAACAGCGGAUAGAGUUUAGUGGACUUAGUUUGAAUCCAUUUUUGAAUAAUGCGCUGAUUAAUAUGUACGCUAGGUGUGGUAAUUUGGUCAAGGCUCGUGCUAUUUUUGAUGGUAUGCUUGUGAAAAGUGUGGUUUCAUGGACAGCGAUUAUAGGUGGAUAUGGAAUGCAUGGAUAUGGAGAGAUUGCAGUGGAGUUAUUCGAUGAGAUGAUUAAGGGUGGUAUUAGGCCUGAUGGCGCUGCAUUUGUGAGUGUCUUGUGUGCAUGUAGUCAUGCGGGGUUGACUGAAAAAGGUUUGGAUUAUUUUGUUGAAAUGGAGACGAAGCAUCGGUUGCAGCCAGGUCCUGAGCAUUAUUCUUGUGUGGUGGAUCUUCUAGGUCGGGCUGGUCGGCUGUAUGACGCUUUGGAGCUCAUUAAAUCAAUGCAGGUCAAGCCAGAUGGUGCAGUCUGGGGGGCCCUUUUGGGUGCCUGCAAAAUUCACCAUAAUGUAGAGAUAGCAGAGUUAGCUUUCGAACAAGUUAUAGAGCUUGAGCCCACAAAUAUUGGUUAUUAUGUUCUGCUAUCCAAUAUUUAUGCUGAGGCAGAGAAUUUGGAAGGAGUGCUAAAGGUUAGAGUAAUGAUGAGGGAGCGGAAUCUCAAAAAGGAUCCAGGAUGUAGCCAUCUUGAAUAUAAAGGGAGAGUUCACCUUUUCUUAUGUGGGGACAGAAGCCAUCCUCAAUCAGUAGAGAUAUACAGAAUGGUAGAUGAGCUGGAAACUUUGGUGAGGAAACUUGUCGGCUGUAAAAACAAUCAAGAAAGGAGAAGUAAAGAACUUUUCCUUGGGAUGGGCGUUCAUAGUGAAAAGUUGGCAAUUGUGUUCGGACUGUUGAACUCCGAGCCAGGGACAGAGAUUGUUGUGAUAAAGAACCUUAGAGUGUGUGAAGAUUGCCAUUUGUUUCUCAAGGGGGUCAGCAAGAUUGUGGAUCGUCAACUUGUUGUUAGAGAUGCAACCCGUUUCCACCAUUUCAGGGAUGGGCUAUGUUCAUGCAAAGACUAUUGGUAAUAUUCACUUGAGAUGUCCACAUUGCAAAAUCUACAUGCCCUGGUUAUAGAAGGAUUUCCCAAAAUGUUCUUAAAUAGUAGAAAAUAUGCAAGGAGAAGACUUAAGAUUUGAGUUUCAAAAUAUUUGAAAUUGAGAAUUACAUCCCCAAGUAUAAGCCUGUGGAUUGCUGGUUUAGCAGAAGGCGGCUGCAAGAAUAUAUGGUCAAAUGUUCUAUGGAUGAGCUUUGGGUUGAUUAGAACUGGUACCAAAGAAAUAAGCUGAGUUGAAGAAGAAAGGCCUUGGACAGCAUCCCUUAACAGUUCAUAAAAAGCCAAAUCCUAGGUGAUGAGAAGAUAGCAUCCCUUCUGGAGGGCCUUCGGAGACACAGGUGGCAAUCAACUAGCCAUGCUUGAGGUUGAUUUAUUGAUCGAUGCAUCCCUACCCCAGUUUGCCAAGCAGACUUGCUGUUCUACUGGAGGGCCUCUGGAGAAUGACGGGGAAUAUUGAUCUGAGUUUGUCAAUGAGGAAGCAUUACUUGUACUAACUAGUGAGUGCAAAUAACCGCUUCACCUUGGUUGUUUGUACUUGUAUAUUUCCAAUCGAUCAUUGUACCAGUUGGUCAAACACAGUUACUCUCAUUUGGUAGAAUCAUGCAUCCAGUUCCUUACAUGAUCAAUACACUCAAAACAAGAGGAGAUUGCCUCGAGUUUGAACUAUUUUGA